AUGGCUGUGAGAAAGCGCUUCGUCAACCCAUUUUCUCGGGCAUCUGCCGAGGAGCUACCAGCGACUGAUGUACCCGACAUGGAGGCUUCCGCAGACUCCAAAUUGGAAAAAUUGGGUGAAACCGAUCGGGCCUCGUUGGAUUCAGAAGUUAUUGAUGAAAAAGCGCAGUCGGGUACUCAAAAAGCUCAGGCAAGCACCCAAGCCUGGACAAAGAACACAUUGGUUGCAGCUUAUAUUCUCGUCUGGGUUGUUAACUUUCUAGAGUACUUCAGCUCUGGACUGCUGAGCUCCCUAUCCCCAUAUAUCUAUAGUGGGUUCGAGCUACACUCCUUGACAGGUCUUACCUCCGUCAUCGCUUCGUUGAUCUCCGCUCUGGUCAAAUUUCCCUACGCGAAGCUCAUGGAUAUUUGGGGUCGGCCUCAGGCCUUUGGAGUCGGUGUCGGAUUUCUGACUCUCGGACUGGUCAUGAUGGCCGCCUGCAAGAAUGUACAAACAUAUUGUGCUGCUCAGGUUUUCUACCAAACUGGGUUCAGUAUGAUCGAUUUCUCCAUGACCAUUUUCAUUGCCGAUACUACGGCUUUGAAAAACCGGGCUUUUUGGAUUGCGUACGCCGCUUCUCCCUAUCUCAUCACACCUUGGAUCUACGGUUACGCUGCCAAUCAAAUAGUUGCCCCAGGCGGCAUCGGGUAUCGAUGGGGCUUUGGUGUCUUUGCCAUUAUCAUGCCCAUUGUCAAUGCUCCGCUCUGGGCCGAAAAGCUGAACUUGACGAAGAGGAGCAGUGGACGAACUCUCUGGCAGUCUAUCUUGUUUUACUGCAUCGAGUUUGAUGUUAUUGGCCUGCUUAUCAUCUCCACGGGUUUUUCUCUCUUCCUGUUGGCGUUCAACCUAUACUCUUAUCAACCUGGAGAGUGGCAUUCCCCAAUGAUUAUCUGUUUCGUUGUCAUCGGCUUUUGUUUGAUUAUCGCAUUCACUUUCUGGGAGAGAUACUUUGCGCCAGUGAAGUUCAUGCCUUGGGAGUUAAUCAAAAACCGGACUGUUUUCUUCACCUUCUCCAUGGUGGUGUCCCUGUACCUGGCCUGGUAUAUAUGGGAUAGUUACUUCUAUUCCCUUCUGCAAGUGAUGUUCAACCAAACCGUCACGGAAGCAACCUAUAUCUCCAACGUUUACACCAUGGGCUCGUGUUUCUGGUGUCUUGUCUUCGGGGCAAUUCUUCGCUACAACGGCCGUCUAAAAUGGUGGGCCAUCUGCUUUGGUGUUCCUCUUACCAUCCUUGGGGUUGGCCUUAUGAUCAAGUUCCGCCAACCCGAUUCGAACAUUGGAUACAUCGUCAUGUGCCAGAUCUUCGUUGCAUUUGGUGGUGGCACCCUCGUCAUCUGCGAGCAGAUGACUGUCAUGGCUGUUUCCGCUCAGAGAAAUAUCCCUGCUAUCCUGGCUAUCGAGGGUGUGGUUGCGAGUAUUGGUAGCGCCCUAGGAGGUACUGUUGCUGUCGCGAUGUGGACUGGAAUUUUCCCUGUCAAGUUAAAGGAGCUCCUCCCGAGUUCUGCACAGGCAGACCUCGCUACCAUUUACGGCUCCUUGACUGUCCAGCAGUCCUACGCCAAAGGCACAGCUACUCGUGAUGCUAUUGACCAUGCCUAUGGUGAAACUCAGCGACUUAUGCUCAUUACCGCUACUUGUCUUUAUCUUAUAACUUGGACUUCGUGCUUCUUUUGGAAGGAUCUCAACGUGAAGAAGAUGAAGCAGCAGGUGCAUGGUGUUCACUUGUGA